AAUAGUAAUGUGCAUUUCUCAUUAAACGUUGAUGUCAAUCAAUAUCCCGAUAUUACCAGUAUGGUAAAUUCUAACGUCAAUGUUCCCAUACCGUUGGUGGAAACACAUUUUGUCGAUCAUCGAACAUGCACUGUUUGCGGAAAGAGGAUCACUAGAGACAUGUCUCGACAUAUGAGAACUCAUCAGAGUGAAUCACGCUUCAAAUGCAAGUUCCCACGAAGCCAAUGCAUCCAUAAGCUGGGGAAAUUCAACCGGCCCUACGAUUACAAGAAGCAUUUAUUAAAUAGACAUUUUAAAUUUGAUGAUGAAUCAGUCAAGAGAUUACAUAAUUUAAACGAAAAACUUGACCAUUGGGGAGUAUGUCCAUGUGGUCUUCGGUUUGUUGCUAAAGAUUGGUUAGAUCUUCAUAUUUUGACAGAAGAGGUUCUGAAAAUGUGUCCGUUUAUAGAACAACGAUAG